UUACCUGCAAGUCUUGGACAAAGGAGAAUUAUCAAGUUAUUGCAUGGUUGUUGAAUAACAUGGAUUCCUCGAGUAGCCACUCAGUGAUGUUUUUAUCCUCGGCUAAAGGCAUUUGGGAUACGCUUCAUGAUAUGUUCUCGGAAUCUCAGAAUUUUUCACGGGUAUUCCAGCUUAUUCAAGAAAUUGGUCGGUUUCAACAAAACUCCAGAUCCUUAAAAGACUACUAUUCGAUGCUUCGGGGUAUGUGGGAUGAGUUGGAUAUGUAUCAGCCUCUUCCUUCCAAAUGUAAAGAGGAUCAUGAACAUGCUCAUAAGCAACGGGAUGAUACUCGUAUCAUGCAGUUCCUCGCUGGGUUGAGUUCUGAUUAUCUUCACGUUCGCGAUCAGGUUGUUAUGCAGGAUCCUCUUCCCCCAUUGACGACAGUCUAUGCCAUGUGUUAACGUGCUAUGAUCUCUACUCUUCCUUCUCAUUCAUUUGUGCCACCCGAGCGUUCGGCACAUCUUGUUGGCGAUCAGUCCUUCCUUGGUCUUCGGGCACCAUCCUUGAGCUCAGGGCGCAUUUCUGGUUUUGGUGAUCGUGGUAGAGGCCGCGAGGGAGAUCGCAGUCACGGCGGCCGUAGUCUUCAUGGUCGUGGUGGACGUGGACGAGGACAUGAUGGUUCCCGCAUUUGUUCACAUUGCGGUGGAACUAAUCACACUAUUGAUUAUUGCUGGCAGCUACAUGGUCGUCCUACGUAUGCCGCUGCUUCUGUUACUUCCACUGUUGCUUCUGAGACACAGUCUUCCACCCCGACAGCUGAGCAGUCUACUUCAGGGGAGUCUCUUAUUAUUUCUCGGGCGACAUAUGAUGCCCUUAUGCGGCUUCACAUUCGGGAUAUUCCUGAGCCUUCUCACGCAGCUUCGGCCCAGUCAGGUACCGCCUUUCUUACGUUAUCCUCUCCUACCUCCUGGGUCAUCGACUCUGGAGCUUCCUCCCAUAUGACUGGACCUACAGACGAAGAGAGUGAUUGGUGGGGGGCAUGAGCGAGGAGGCGUUUAUCUUCUCGAUGAUACACCUGUUGCCGCUUCUAGUACCCUUUCUCUAGAUCAAGAGUCCAUGACUCAGUGGCAUUGCCG